AUGUUCGCUGCUAGACGAUCUGCUCCUUUGACACGGCAGCUGCUGCGUACCCAGCGCCGCUGGGGCUCCCACACCGCCCAUGAGCCCGUAAAUGAAAGCUUCGGCCGUAGCUUCUACAUCACCAGCGGCUCCGUCGCCUCCGCCUUCAUCCUCUACCACGUUAGCAAGUCCUACGAGGAAUCUGGCUCGCCGUCUUGGAUCUCCAACUUCAUUAGCAAGUGGACUCCUUCCGAGGAGGUCUUCGAGCAGCGCAAUGCUAUCCACACUGCUAUCAUGGAGAAGGUUGCUUUUGACCGCCACUUGCUUGGUAGUCAGGGCCCGCCCGAGGCUUUUGCCCUUAGACAGCCCGAUAUGAUGAACGCCGGGUCUCCGUACAAUGUUUCGCCCGGUUCGCAGGCCGACCUGAGCCAUGUCGUGGCUCACUACCAGCGCAAGAACCAGGAGGCUGAGGAGUCUCGGGUCGCGCGGAUGAAGGACGGCAAGGUUGUGUCGCUGUACGACUAA